UUGUCUAAAGAUCGUGCUUCCAUUUGGCUGUGAGAAUAUGUUUACCGCAUUAAGGACAAUGAUCAACUAAAUAAGAUCAACUAUCAAAUAUCAACAACAAAAUAUAAUCUACCAUAAAAAUGUCAUUCGUGAUUUUAUCUGACAAUACGAACGGAAUACCACACUUCUGAUACAGAACUUCGCAUAUAAUCUCUUUCCGUACCCUCCGUUAACUUAUUUUGUCAUUUACAAAAGACAACAAAACAUUCAUAAACUUCCAUUAAUUAUCGAAGUGAAACUUGAUCCGUUUUAUAUCAAGAGCAAAAUAAAAAAAAGACACAGGACGUAAUCCAUAGAAUACUUUUGAAAGUGUUAGUAACUAUCAUAGAGUGAUCAAACUUCCCACAAGGAACAACUAUUUCGAGUACUAUCUUCAUUGGUUUAAAAUAUAAUAUCCUUAAGCAGUGAUCACGUGGCUGGAAUUGAUCACAUGGCUUGAAUAUUGUCGGAUAUAAUUUCAUUCAUUGUGUCAGACAUGGGAGAUAGUGAAUCAAAACCAGAGCGUGUUGUAUACAGAGAACAUAGCCGUCCAAAUACCCCACCGUUGGUUGAUCCAUGGCGAGAUAUGGGAGGCGACUGGACGCAUUCGUUUAGCGAAAAAAUAUUGAAAGAGAUACAGAUGAAUGAAACCGGCAGUAACGAGGUUAAGAACCCAGGUCUACUGCUUCUGGGACCAAUUAUGGCAGGAAAGUCAUCCUUUAUCAACUCAAUUUGUAGCAUUGGUAGUGGACGGCUUGUUCACAAAGCGUUCACUGGUUUGUUCUUAACGAGCGCCACGAAUUCAUUUGAUAUGUAUAAGGGAGCAGGUGUUCUUACGAACUUUUGUCUUUACGACACAAUGGGUGUAGAAGAUGGCGAAAAUAAAGGUUUUCAUGUCAGUGACGUAGUAAACCUAAUUGAAGGGCACGUCAAGAAAAAAUACAAA